GAGAGAGCGAGCGGAUCAUGGCGGAUGGCCCCAGGUGUAAGCGCAGAAAACAGGCAAACCCGAGGAGGAAAAACGCUACAUUAUAAAGCAGAAAGAAAUUAAAAUCAUGGACUACUAUUAUAUUGCAACCUUGCGUUGACUCGUUUGGCUGGAUAGGACUGAAAAUUUUAAUGCAGAUUGUUAUUGGAAAAUUCACCAACUAUAAUAAUGUAGUUGAAGCAAGUUCAGAUACAGAUGAUGAAGAUAAAUUGCAUAUUGUGGAAGAUGAGAGUGUGACUGAUCCUGGAGAUGGUGAUACAAAUGCACUGGAGGAUGACUUGCCAACAAAGCGUUCAGUAUUAUCAAGAAAAGAGGAGACAGACGAAGAAAAUGAGAGCUCCAACUGGAUUGAUGAUGAUGGAAGGAAAGAAAAUGCAGACAACCUGGGGCCUGAAGCUCAGACACGCAGUGAUGGUUACACAGAAGGCUGUGAUUCCGAAGGGGAGAACUGCUUUCGUGAUUCAACUGCAGGAGAUGAGCAGAGCAAUGAGAAUGAUCCAAAUGUUCAAGAAUACCUUCAGCAAGGAGAUACUGCUGUCAUUUUCCCUGAAGCACCAGAAGAGCAACAUAGACGAGGCACACCAGAAGCUUGUGGACAAGAAGAAAAUGGAACACCAGAUGCUUUUGCUCAGCUACUUACCUGCCCAUAUUGCGAUAGAGGCUACAAGCGCUUGACUUCUCUCAAAGAGCACAUUAAAUAUCGGCAUGAAAAAAAUGAAGACAACUUCAGCUGCUCCAUUUGCAGCUACACUUUUGCCUACAGGACACAACUGGAUCGUCACAUGGCUUCACAUAAGUCAGGGCGAGAUCAGCGCCAUGUUGUAACACAGACAGGUGGGAACCGGAAAUUCAAGUGCACUGAAUGUGGAAAGGCAUUUAAAUACAAGCAUCAUCUAAAGGAGCACUUACGCAUCCAUAGUGGAGAAAAGCCAUAUGAAUGCCCGAACUGCAAGAAACGGUUUUCCCACUCUGGCUCUUACAGUUCACACAUCAGUAGUAAGAAGUGCAUUGGUCUUAUAUCACUUAAUGGUAGAGCACGUUCAGGAAUCAAGACACCUCAAGGCACUUCUCCAUCCCUUUCACCAUCAACUAAUAGCCCUGCUAGAACACAACUCCGUCAUAAGCUAGAAAACAAUAAGCCUUUACAAGAACAGCCUACCGUAAACCAAAUCAAAACUGAGCCUGUGGAUUAUGAGUACAAAACUAUGGUUGUGACCUCUGGUAUCAACUGUGCAAGCUCUUUCCAGAAUGGAGGGUUAAGUGGCAAUAACCCUCUCCAGGUCACAACUUCACCUCAGAGCGUGGUUCAGGCUGUUGUGUUGCCAACUGUAGGCCUUGUCUCUCCUAUUAGUAUAAAUUUAAGUGACAUUCAGAAUGUUCUUAAAGUUGCAGUAUUGGAAAAUAAUCAUGUCACUCUCCCUUCCAAAGACCCAGGAACAGUUUCUUCUGCAUCAGUUCAACAAAACAGUCAUUCCCUUAUUUCAUCAAUCAGUCUUCCUUUGAUUGAUCAAGAUGGAACAACGAAAAUCAUCAUCAACUACAGCUUGGAGCCAAGUCAACUUCAAACUGUGCCUCAAAAUUUGAAAAAGGAGAUUCCUAACCUAGCAGACAAUUGUACAAAUGGAAAGCCGCCAGAAGACCUCACAGUCAAAACUGAGAAAAUGGAGACCAGUGUUGAAGGAGUUGGUAACACAUGUCUGCUUUGUAAUGAAUGCCCUGGUGGACUAAAUGCACUUCAUGAACUAAAGCACUAUCAACUUAAAACUGAAUCUCAUUCAGGAGGAAAUAAUAUUAGGACCUCUGGAGCUUCUGUAUCAACAGAAGAGAGCACCUCUUCAGAUCAAGAGCCGUUGAAGAAUCUGUUGUCACUUCUUAAGGCAUAUUAUGCAUUGAAUGCAGAACCAACAUCGGAAGAAUUAGCAAAAAUUUCAGUUGCUGUAAACCUACCAUUAGAAAAAGUGAAAAAGUGGUUUGAGAAAAUGCAAACAGGUCAGAUUCCGGUCCUGCCAUCUUGUCCUUCCUCUCCCACACCAAGCAACAAGGAGGUCAAAUCAAAUCUUCAUGCCAGUCAUACAGAUACUUCACCUGCUUGUGAUUUACAAGGCAACACUGCAAGUUCAGAAGCUCUCGAUAAGAUCACUGAAUCUAAGACUACAAGUACACCACUUAAUGUGAUGGCAGAUCCUUCAAGGAGUAAUACUCCCUCCCCAUCACCUCUAAAUCUCUCUUCUGCAUCUUCAAGAAAUUCACAAAGUUAUCUUAACACACCCGAUAGCAACCAAGAGGAUCUACAGUUGGAACCUCUUGAUCUGUCACUUCCAAGACAGCAAAAAGAGGGACUAGAAAGACCCACAAUUACCAGUGUUUACCACAGCAGUGUUCAUUAUGUUCAAGAGGAGCCCUUAAACCUAACUUGUUUAAAAAAAGAACAAAUAGAAAAUGAUAAUUCCGAAGUAAACUCAAGUGCCAAACCUAUAAAUAUUGCAAUUCCUACAAAUACAACUCAAUUACCCACAAUUGUUGCCAUUUCAAGCCAAAACAAUGUUCCAUGUCUCAGAGCCUUAGCUACAAUAAAGCAGGCCAGCUUCAUUCCACAGGUGGCCUACACAUAUAAAACAACAAAUUCAAAUGGAUCUGAAUCACAACAGAAACCAAUUCAAACCAAUGGAAAUCAUGCACAGGAAAAACAAGAGAUGAGUUCCGGAGAUGUGCCCAAUCCUGAUGAUCAGAAUGAUUCAGACUCUAUGCCUCCUCGUAAGAAAAUUAAAAAGACAGAGAAUGGAAUGUAUGCCUGUGAUUUGUGUGAUAAAAUAUUUCAGAAAAGUAGUUCACUUCUUAGACACAAGUAUGAGCACACAGGUAAGCGACCUCAUCAAUGUGGGAUUUGUAAGAAAGCAUUCAAACAUAAACACCAUUUGAUCGAACACACACGACUGCACUCUGGGGAGAAACCAUAUCAGUGUGAUAAAUGUGGCAAGCGUUUCUCGCAUUCUGGCUCCUACUCUCAGCAUAUGAACCACCGUUACUCAUACUGUAAGCGAGAAGCUGAAGAACGGGAAGGAGCAGAGCCAGAGGAGACUGGGCCUGAUUCACUGAACAACAGUGAGUACACAGACAACAGGACCUCUCCGUCCCACAUGGACUCGGAUGACAAGGACAGCACUGCAAGGGAAGAUGAAAGUGAAAAGGAGGAGGAAGAGAAAGAAAGUGAUGAAAUGCAGGAUAAUUGUGCAAAGGAAAUGAGAGAAGAAUCAGAGGAAGAGGAGGAGGAGGAGGAAGUGGAAGCUGAAGGAGAAGUAAAUGGGACAGACCUAAUGAGUGAUGCGGAACAGGAAAAUACAAUGAAUAGUCUGAAGGCUUUGGAAGUUAACGCAGCAGAAAAAAUGUAAUGAAUACUUGAUCAGGAAUAUAAAUUGGCAAAGAAAUAUUCUGCACCUAAUAUAGUACCAUGUAAAACAAAAAUUCCAGAAACACUCGAUUACUGUGUUUUCACUACUGUGUAGAAACCCCAGCGUGCCUGAACCUCAACAAUUAACAAUUUACCAUAUGAACCGUCAAGAUAUUAGGAAUGAUGUUUGUAUUAAAAAUGCAAAAAAAGUUGCAAGUGAUAAAUUGCAUAAACUGUCUUGAUUCAAAAGGCAAACCAACAGGUUUUAAAAGAAUUUGCUACCAGUCAUCCUGUAUUAUCUGUUUAACUGUAUUGCUCUUCAUUUUGCUGUUCAUGUAUCUCAUUAACUUCAACACUGUACAGCUGGGAGAGAUUUCUAUGAAAAUUUCUAUUGCAAAUGCAAGUAUUAAUUGUAGACUUGUAGUACUACAGCUCUCUACUCCAUUGCUGAACCUUAACGUUUCUUUGGUUUGAAAGGAUGUGAAAAUUUCUGCACUACAGAAUUCCCUUUAUACUUGUAUCUAACAUACUCCUAAGUAUUAUUGUCUACCUUUAUCAGUAUCGCACUAGAGGUUAGUAAUUGAUAACAUUAGUUGAUCUUAUUUUAGAAUAUAAAUUCAUUUGAAGCAUAAUGUUAGCCUUAAAGCAGCUACUAGAAAAAUAAAACUGAGAAGGAUGUGGUAAGACUUGUAGUUAGUUGUAUAGCGGUUUGUUGCCAAGUCUUCAAAGUAAGAACUAACAGUAUUAGUGUUGGAGAGAACAAAAGUCAGUGUUUUGAGUGACAGUGUUAAUUAGGUAAAUGAGGAUUAUGGUAUGGAGCUUUGUAUCCCCCUGGCCUUAUGCAAGACCUGUGUGCUGCAAGUGCCAUUUUACAAAACAGUAUUAUGGAAAUGUGGCUGUAACCAGCCCUUAGCUUUGGUGCAAGUUAUUAACAGUGUUAGCUGAUUUUUAUUUCAGUAUUAUUUUAAUUCAGAUUAUGAUAACUUAGUUUCCUAUGUUUGUGCAAAUUUUGUACUGUAUGUCCUUGAACCUGGCAGUAUUAAUACCCUACUUACUGACACGUGUAACUUUUAGUUUUAGAAAACUUUUAUAUUUAUGUGUCUUAUUUUUAUAUUUCUUUAUUGUUAUUUAUUACACAAUGUAGUGUAUAAUACUGUAGUUUGUAUUAAUACAAUAAUAUAUUUUAGUAAGAAAAAUGAUUUGGAAGGUUGAUAAGAAUUCAAAGCAGAAAUACAAUUGGUUCUCUUGCAAUGAGAUUUUGUUUAAGUGUUAUGUAACAAUACUACUUGCCUUGGACUGUAGAAUUAGAGUAUCAAAUGGGAAUGUAUAAAUUUUACAUUCAGAAUCCUGUUAUUUGCCCUGCCUCACUUUUGGAACAUUGGGCUACUGAAUUUCAAAUAUAAUGUACAGCAUGGUAUUUUUGCAGUUUUUUUAAAUUACUGUGUAACCAUGAAACUGUAUUACUGUCCUCAAUGAGCCAAAUUACAAAGUCAUGCGCAGUGUUGGGAACAUUUUUUUGCUUUGUGCCAGUUUGUUUUAGUCUACAUCUGAUACAAACCAGAAGUUUUUUUUUAAUUGCCUAGUUACAUAGUCAUUUUCUAGUUUUAUACCAAACUCCCCAUCUCACAAUAAAAUGCAUCAGCAAACUGUUUGAAGAUGUGACUCCACUGCUGUGUAUUAAUUCUGUUCCAGAAAUAUUAUAGACAUUUGUAUUAUGUGUAUUAUUCAAGAUUUUGGCUAACUUGUGACUUUUGAAAUCAUGGGUUUGUGAUUAGGUUCUUGUGCAAAGA